GUGGGGUCUGUAUUCUAAUGGGCCCCAUCUUUAUCAGGGAAUGUUGCUUCUCUGAACUUGAAACUUCUCAUGGAGGGUCCCCAGAUUCCGUGGCAGAGCAGGGGCCUGAGCUGAGACCUGUGGGGAGAGCCCUGUGUCCCCGGGGCUGGGGACAGGGACAGAGGGCAGGGGCACUGGGAGUGCUCUCACCUGCCCCUGGAGCACCUGACUUCCCCAGGGCUGGGCUGACGUGUGUGCCGGCCCGGUGAGGGCUGGGCCGGAUGCCGGGAAGGGAGGGCAGCCCGAAGCUGGGGCCGCUCUGACCCUCUGAAGCUGCCAUGGGAUUCUGGGCCAGGGCUUGGGGUCUCAGGCUCUAGGGGCCUGAAGUUGGGCUUCCGGCCUCCCCCCCAGGGCCCCAUCAGAGGGGGGGCCAUGGAGUCGAACCUGCAGGGCCCGUUCCUGCUGAACAACGCGCCGCUGGCUCAGUUCUCGGAGAUGAAGGCCCCCGUGUGCCAGUACUCGGUGCAGAACUCUUUCUACAAGCUCAGCCCCCCGGGGCUGGGCCCCCAGCUGCCAGCGGGGACCCCUCACGGGAUCACAGACAUCCUGAGCAGACCCGUGGCCACGCCGAACAGCAGCCUCCUCUCCGGCUACCCCCACGUGGCCGGCUUUGGUGGUCUCGGCUCCCAGGGGGUCUACUACAGCCCCCAGGUGGGGAAUUUCUCCAAGGCGGCCACGGAGUACCCCACCCGGACCCGGAACUGCUGGGCGGAUGCGGGCCCCGACUGGCGAGGCGGGCGGCAGUGCGGCAACGCCCCAGACCCCCUGAGCGACAGCAUCCACAAGAAAAAGCACACCCGGCCCACCUUCACAGGACACCAGAUCUUUGCCCUGGAGAAGACCUUCGAGCAGACCAAGUACUUGGCUGGCCCUGAGCGGGCACGGCUGGCAUACUCACUGGGGAUGACUGAGUCCCAGGUCAAGGUGUGGUUCCAGAACCGGAGGACCAAGUGGCGGAAGAAGAGCGCCCUGGAGCCCUCGUCCUCCACGCCCCGGGCCCCGGGCGGCGCAGGCGGGGACCGCCCCGCCUCGGAGAAUGAGGACGACGAGUACAACAAGCCGCUGGACCCUGACUCCGACGACGAGAAGAUCCGGCUGCUGCUCCGCAAGCACCGCGCCGCCUUCUCGGUGCUCAGCCUGGGCGCGCACGGUGUCUGACCCCGCCGGGCGGCCUCGGCGUCCCCGCAAGGCGCUAA